AGUCAGGCACGGUGAAGGCGCUGCUCACUCUUCAGGUCACUCCUCGCCUCGAAUAUCCCCGUCAGUUUUGCCCGGGAUUGAAAUUUCACGGGUUUCAAAACACUCCCGUGACCACAAUGACAAUACGUCUGGCCGGCGCCAUGUUGAGACUUUUCGGCCACUUUUUGGGGGAAUCGCUCGCCUCCCGUCACUGGUUUUGGUGUCUCUCAUGUCUGUUUGCGACGGCUUUUAAGCAGGGUUAAUGGGCGGGAGGUGCGUUUUAAUGGCGUGUGUUUGGCGGGGUGGUGGUGUGGUGUGGGUACGACAUCCUCUCCGUGCACCAUAACUCCAGCAAUUUGCACCCGAUUGCCGGACGCACGAACUUGAAAAUAUUCCCAUAGUUUAGAUGAAUUAGCUUGUAUUUGCCUCCAUGUGCCCCUGUGGUGACGGCGGGGGUGUGCUGGGGGAGGUGGUGGGCGAGCGGGGGUGCGGGCGGCCGUGCUGGGGCCAGUGGGGGGCCUCAUGUCAGCUGGCCUCUCACUUCCCUUUGUGCAGCACGUUGGUGGAGCUAUUUUCGCUGAGGUUUUCCCUAACAAGACCUGCCCACCACCACCACCAUGUCGGAGGAGCUGCAAACAGAUUUCGAGGGUGGUGAUGCAGGUGCAUCUAAGGUGUAUCCAGCUCAAUGCUCCUCCCUUCGUAAAAAUGGUCAUGUCGUGAUCAAGGGCCGUCCCUGCAAAAUUGUGGAGAUGUCCACCUCCAAGACUGGCAAACACGGCCAUGCCAAAGUUCACCUGGUUGGUAUUGACCUGUUCAGCGGUAAGAAAUAUGAAGACAUAUGUCCCUCCACUCACAACAUGGAUGUGCCUGUGGUGAAGCGUGCCGACUAUCAGCUGAUCGACAUUUCGGAUGACGGUUUCUUGUCCCUCAUGAUGGAGUCGGGUGAUCUGCGUGAUGACAUUAAAGUCCCAGAAGGUGAUAUAGGCACAGAAAUCAAGACCAAGUUCGAGAAUGGGGAAGACCUCUUGCUGACAGUUCUAUCUGCUAUGGGCCACGAAAUGGUAGUUGCCACAAAGCCAAAUAUGAAAUAAAUUACUCCUUCCAGCUGCAACUACUACAACCAUCAUCACCACUACCAUUACCAUCUUCAUAACCAACCAUUAUCGCGUUAAAAAUAUAUUUUUUUUCAUAUUAGACCAAUCCUGUGACAGUUACAUUGUUUAAUAUCUGUGAUCACAUUCAACAACGGGGUUCAGGGUGCCCAGAAGUGAUUCCGUGAUUGAUGAAGCCCAAGUUUGACUGUCCAAUUACAACCGUAACAUCAGGUUGCCUUUCCCAUACGCUUUAAAGUUUAACAAUGGCUCAGGGAAAGGGAAGAGAAAGUCACCAUCAAAAUAGCUCCUCCCAGUGUGUUGUUUGUUUUGAAGAUUCACAACCACUUAAAGUGUGUGGUCUUGUAUGUGGAGGGCAAGCCCCAGUGUGAGCUGAAAUAUUACCCAUGUGGGUUGGUUUCAUAAUCUGUGACCAAAUGAGGAAUAAAUGGUGUGUUGUUUAUAUGGCGUUUGAUUGUUCAAAUAAUCCAAGCUUCAAUGCAGGAGAGCCUAUUCCUUUUUUACUAUUAUCAUAGGAUAUGGGCCCAUUAUAUGGGUUGGAGGAAAGCUUUUAUCUAACUUGUUUUUGUACUUCUUUGUGCAUAAUUAAUAUGCUAACUGUUAGAAUAAAUUUACAACCAUUCCAGUGUUA